AUGGAAAACAAGCAAGAAACCCCGACAACAGCCCUUCCCACCACCACAACCACCACUGGGAGCGGCGUGGGUGCGUCCCACCGUCGCUCGAGCAGCGGUAUCUCGGACGACGCGGCCAAGUCGGCUCACGACUUCAUGGCGGGCACCAUCCGCCGCUCGUCCAGCGGCGUGACCGACGACGCAGCCCGCGCCGCGCACGACUUUAUGCGCUUCUCCAGCAACAGAGCCCCGGGCCUGAAUGACGACCUUACCCAGAAGAUGCACAGCUUCAUGGAAGGUCCCGCCACGCACAGGGAGAGCCAUAGCAAAUACCUGCCCGAUGUCACGUUGCCGGGCAUCACGGACGAAGUGGUUGAGGAAGCCGUCGAGUUUGUGGAUGCCGUCGAGAAGAGCGCAUCAAAGGCUUGA